AUGUCGUACAAUGGCUACUUUCGUACCAACAGUAAAAUUUACAAGCAAGACCGAGAAUUCUACGACUUAAAAAACAGAGCUGUUGAAUAUUACAGGGCUAAUGGAGUUCCCCAGAAGAUGGAAGUUGUAUUGAAUGAAAUGUUUUUCGAGAAGCCAGAUGACGUGUAUGGUUAUUUGGCAAACUACUUUUCAAGAUUGUCAAGGCCUCCUGUAAUAAACAGAGUGUUUGGUAAAGAAGUAUAUGACGGAAAAGGUCAACUGACAGUUCAGGCAGAAGUAUUUUGCACUGUUAGAAAUGAGGAAAAGACUGCAGGAUGGGCUGUGAUAUCCAGCCACACUGAGCCCCGAGGCGGCGCUGGCCAGAACCCAGGCUCUGCGAAUGGAAACGACAGGAGGAAGGAGGCCGUGAUGACUGCAGUCCGCUGGAUCAAUGACUCACUCUGCCCAAUGCUGAAGGGCUUUGAGCCCGGUGACCAAACUGGAGUGGAUAAACUCCUCAGUGAUUUCUACUUGGCACACUUCCUGGAGGACCAGGAGCGACAGGCGAGAGAGAAAGACAACCAGCAGUCCAGCGAGCCGGUGCCCGAGCCAGCCACGCCGCCCAAGAGUGCUGUAAAAGAUAAAAAGGGGAAGAAAAACAGCACAGAGAAACCGAUUCCCCCAGCAGAGCCUCCGGUACCCGUGUUACCAGGCAGCGUGGCUGUCGGGACAGUGUCCCUGGCGGUGGCCAAGGCUGGGGCAGAGAUAGGAGGAGUCCCCCUGUACCACCACAUCACCACUCUCAAACGCCCACAGUUUUCAGGAGAGAUUCACAUGCCAUUGCCCAUGGUAACCGUGCUGAGCUGUGGCAGGCUGUCCCCUGGAAAGCUUAAUCUGAUGGAGGAGGUCAUGGUCCUCCCGAAAGCUGGACAAACCAUCAAACAAUUCCUUGCCACGGUCCUUGAGCUUCAAAGGGAAAUAACAGGGAUAAUGAAUGCAGCCUCAAAGACAGGGCCUGCGUUGAAUGCAGUGUCCGAUUCUGGAGCUUUAGUGAUUGGAUACGACCGCCCUGAACAGCCUUUAGAUCUAAUCUCUGAGGCUUCCCACAAUCUGGGUUUUGUGCUUGGUGACGUGAUGUCUUUGGCAAUAAACUGUGCCGGCCAUGAGCUAAUGGACUAUCAAAAAGGAAAAUAUGACGCAAUCACAGGAUCCCCCAAAUCUCCCAAUGAACUAGUGGAACUCUAUGAGUCUCUGACAAGCAAAUACCCAGCAGUAAUUGCCCUCAUUGACCCUUUCAGAAAAGAGGAUCAGGAGCAGUGGGAAAGACUCAGCAGUGUCCUUGGAAACACAUACUUGCUGUCUGAGGCUGUGUCCAAAACCAGUGGUUCCCACACCCUACCCGGGACCAGAGGCUUCAUUUUACAGCAGACCAAUGAGGUCACGGUCACAGACCUGAUCCACCUCACCCGACAACUGGAGGGUGCAGUAACUGUAGUUGGCACAACUAAUGGGGAACCAUGCGAUGACUCUCUCUCUGAUUUGGCUGUAGGACUGGGUGUUACACUCGUCAAACUGGGAGGUCUGUAUCAUGGAGAGCGGCUGACUAAAUACAACCGUCUGAUUUCUAUAGAGGAAGAAUUGGCCCAGCAGGGAAGACUGGGUUCAGGAAACGCACGAUUUCCGCUUUCCGCCGGAGAACAAGAGGAGGCUUCGUCGACCGCGCAUUCGUGAAAGAACGACAGUCACCACAAAUCACCUUAUUUUAUUACAAUUUAUCUAUUAAUUACAGGUCAUUUCAGAACAUGUGUUUUUCAGUGUUUGAUGUAAUCCGCUGUUAAAUUAUUGUGUUUUUAUCACACAGUUUUCACUUUUAAGUGCAAACAUAUCAUGAAAGCUACAUACUGUAAAAAACAGUAAAAUAUUGAAACAAAUUGCGCAAAAUAUACAAAAAAGAAUAAUUUAAAAAAAUGAAUACAACUAUUGCCUCACAACUGAGUUCAAAUCAAACAGAACUCAACUCAACAUACAAAUAUACAAUAUAAUACUGAACAUAUUUAAAUGUGUAAUUGUACAUUGGACAUGUUUUUAUAUGUUUUGACUGGCUGAAUGCAUUUAAACCAUGUGUGUGCAUACAAACACACACACACACACACUCUCACACACAAACACACACUGUAGUGAUUAAAGGAGUGCUUCUUUUUCAUGCUGUAAACCAUAGAACCAAUACAUCAAAGUUAAUUCAUUGAACUUAAUUAUUCAAUUUUUAAUUGCCACUGCAAAUUUCCAUGUAUGUGUGGAUAUCUGCAUUAAACUUUGUAGGGACAUACUUCAAAUGAAUCUAUUCAAUUUAGAUUUGAGGAAAAUCUCACUAAAAAGCCUGCAUAGAUGCUGGUUAAACAUCACCAUAUACCGUUUCUCAGAACUGUCCAUUUAUUUCUCUGAAAAUUUCUUGUCUUUUUUAUUUUUUUAUUUUUACCGUGGAUGGAGCAAUCUUUGUGUUCUGACCUUCAGGCUUCACUGACGGUCCCAUUAGCACCAACGCUCGCAGAGGCAGGCGUGAGAGUCUCCCUAAAACACAAGAAAGAACCUCAGAAACGUGACCAAGAGGAAGGUUUCCUACGCUCGCUGAAACGUGGGGGUUUCACUUAGUGAGGGAGGAGUGAUAAAGUUGCUCACAGUGUUUACAUCCACAAUGAUCAUUCCAGUCAUUAAACAAGUCACCACAGCUCUUACACUGUAUAAGCCAGCAAUGAACUACAGUACAUGUGUGUAAUGAAAUUAAAUCAUUUUAACCAUUUCAUUUGCAUGUGUUCAAGUUGCCAGGAGCACUCAUUUAGUACUGGUUGGCAAAAAAUACAUAACAUAUUUGUAAAAUGAAUCAUUAAUAUACAACAGGAUAAAACUUUCCAUAGUUAAUAAGUACUUGUCCUAGUCUGGAGUAAUAAACUGCUUUCAUCUCA